UCCUGCUCCUCCGCCGUGCCCAUUUGAGCCUGGAAUGGAUUUCCUCAUCUGCCCAUCUCUCUACACCUGUGUUCACCUGUAAAUAGUCAAUCAAGCCCUCCCGGGAAAUGACAGACGACCAGAUUCUGAACCUAAAUUUGUUUGCCUGGCAUAUGCUCCUCCCAAUGCCCAACCCUUCCCCCCACCGCAAGUAGGGCAUUCGUUUCCUUUGGCUUCGCCCGUUUUGGCACAUGUUUCGCAUGGAAACAUCUUUUCCGUUUUUUUUGCAGUGGAGAAGAUGCUGAUAUAGUACGAUUUGUGACUAAUAUCAUACAGACAGAAAUUGCCGUCGCCUUGAAGAGAACCGAUGAAUGUGGAAGAGAACCGAUGAAUGUGGAAGCGAAACUCUCGCCCGGAGGUAUCAAGUGUUUAAAUAAUUUCUACCACAUUUUGCCUUUAAGAGGCAUUUUCAGCCGAUUAUCUUUCAAUUAUUGAUUGGCUGGACGGCUCAAUUGAUGAGGUCAGAUCAGCCGAGGUAUUGGGCUCCAGUUCCUUCGCGUUGUUGUCUCCAAGCUUCCUUGAUUGAUCGUGAAGAGCAUGUCGAACGAUAUCUAUCGGCUGCCACAAUGUACCUGCUCUGCUUUCUUUCCAACUAGCGAUGCGUUAAAUGCUCAUUUUAAUGAAUACCGAGUUAGUACUCCGCUACCUGCAAAUACAGAACUGAAUCUCUGCAGGCCCGAGAAAGCUACCUGUCCGGUCAGCUAGAAAUAUACCGGUCCCGCUCGAAAGCUCAUGAUGAAGAAGACGGGCCAAAUGUUUACGAGAAUGAUGACAACCCGGAGAUAAAACACAAUAAUGGUGACAAAAUGCAUAAUUGUCCUCUCAAAGAAUGCUAUCGAAAAGUACCAUUUAAAACCCAACAGAGACUUCGGCGACAUUUUGAGCAACUUAAGUCUUUUGUCGACUUUAUUUAAGCAGCAUUAUUAACUCGAAUGCAGAUGUCAAAUGCGAAGAGGUAUGUGUGUGCUCUCACCAAGUUUCAAGACGAGUGAGUGACUUCUUACGACAUGCGGAACGACACCGGAAUGUGGGCAAAGCCAAGGCUACAUACAUAAACCAGAUGUGUUAUGAGUGCGUGAAAGAGCUGACAAUGAACUAGGUCUUGCAGAGAGCAAACAUGUCUCUGGCACUGAAAGGAGGAGCAAGAAAAGAGCUCGCGACGUGGGAGAUACAGACUCGGGACCACCAGGAGCUCAAAAAGCCAAGUUGCAAACAUUUGGAAUGGCCAUGAUGAACGAGUCCACUUUUCAGCCUGCCAAUGGUAUUGACUCUCCACAAAUUACUUCACUAGACUUACAUCAAACAAGAUACACGACUAGCCCUCCCCUCCAGACAGUUGGCUACAACCCUAAUGUUGGCAAGCCUGUAG